AUGGCUGCUGCAGCUCUUUCGUGCUUGCCAUCGCACAACCCUACGCAAGGAAACAGAGUGAUAAAGCGGGAAGUCAUGCAGGGAAAGCCGGCCGACGCCAUCAUCGCCUAUAUCAGAAUGCAGGAGUUAGGGUUCUCAGCAGACAACUUCACGUUUCCUCUCCUGCUGAAGGCGGCCUCCGAUCUUCCGUCCAUGAUUACGGGGGCUGCCCUCCACGGGCAGACCACGAAGACCGGCUACUCCAACCAUGCCUUCGUGCAAACUGCUCUGAUGAAUAUGUAUUCCACCCUUGGCCAAGUAGACGGCGCCUCCCGCGUGUUCAUGGCGAUGGUCCACAAGGAUCUCGUCUCGUGGAACUCCAUGCUGCAGGCUUACGUCUCCAAUGGCCGAAUGGAUGAUGCCGUGGAACUGUUCGCCGUAAUGUCUGUGAAGGACCAGGUCUCCUUCAACACCCUGAUAUCUGGUUUCGCCAAGGUGAGGGACACUGCCAGCGCGAUGCUGGUCUUCCGCGGAUGCCCUGCUCGUGACGUCGUCUCGUGGAACACGGUGAUCUCCGCCUACGUGAGGGCAGGGGCAAUAGAAUCAGCUCGCUCCCUAUUCGCGGAGAUGCCGGAGAAGAAUGCCGCGUCGUGGAACACUCUCAUGGCGGGGUACCUGCAGAGCCAUCUCUACGCGGAGGCCGUCGAACUGUUCUACGAGAUGAAGCUCCGGGGAUCCAACCCUAACCACCUGACCUACGCCAGCGUUCUUUCUGCCUGCGCAAGCAUGGGUUUGUUAACCGCAGGAAAAAAAAUCCACAUCCAGGCAGGCCAGGCCGGCCUCGCUUGGAACCCUCACAUUGUGGCUUCUCUGAUCGACAUGUACUCCAAAUGCGGCAAUCUGGAAGGAGCUCUAGAGGUCUUCUACAAGGCUCCCCACAGAGAUAUAUUCUGCUGGAACGCCAUGAUAUCCGGUCUCGCCUCGCACGGCCACGGCGAGACGUGCAUACGUCUCUUCGACGAGAUGAGAGCCGGAGGGACGAAACCAGACGACAUCACAUUCAUCGGGCUCCUGAGCGGGUGCGCCCACGCGGGGCUGGUCGGCGAAGGCCGCCGUAUCUUCGAGGACAUGGAGAGGCGGCAUGGGACGAUGCCAAAGUCGGAGCACUACGCCUGCCUGGUGGAUCUCCUCUCGCGCGCAGGGGAUCUCACGGCUGCCUAUGAGAUCGUGGAGACAAUGCCGUUCGAGGCAGAGGCCGCCGCCUUGGGUGCGCUACUUGCCGCCUGCGUGGGCCAUGGGAACCUGGAGAUCGGAGAGGCGGUGGCCGCCCGCAUGGUGGAGAGAGCGGAUCGAUUGACGGACGGUGAGUACAUGAUGCUGGCGAAUCUGUACGCGGCCUGCGGCAGAUGGGAAGAGGCCGGCAGAUGGAGGGGGAGGAUGAACAAUGAAGACGGUCUGAAGAAGACGGCUGGUUGGAGCGAGAUAGAGGUGGUAGGCAGGGUGUACAGAUUUCAGGCCGGAGAACGGGUUCAUUGA